AUGUCGGGGUGGAUCGAGUGCGCGCAGGACGGCUUUGGGCGUGCCUCUCAAGCAGAGAGCGGUUCUGUAGCAGUGGAAGCUGCCGCACCACCUGGCUUGGAAAGUUUGCAGGAGCUGCUAGAGCGUAAAGGGUACAAGGAGACGCGCAUUGUGUCACCUGUCGCUCAGGCAGUCGCCAUGGACGAUUGCUUGGAGAAUGUGAGUGAUUCGUGCAGGGAAAGCACCGUGCAUGGGUACCAGGAUAUGCAUGCGUGGAUGAAAAAUAUUGUUGCUUCACAGCAGCAGUAUCCCGGCGUAGAAACAAUCGACACGCGCGUGCCGCGCCGGACGACGAGCGAGGCUGUGCUGCGCAAGCGAAGCAGCGCAAUUUGGGAUGCAAGCCAUGCGUACAGGAACGGUGCACCGCCCGUGCCGCCGAUGCCGCCAGUUGCGCCGUCCUUGCACGCGAGGCUUGCAGCGCCCAUCGUCUCCAAGCAGGAUGCCCUCGUGCAACACGCACUGCCUGCCAAGCUUCCAACUCUGCACCGGAGCAAGAGCCAGGAUCUGCUGCACAAGGCGCUGAAGAAGAAGAACAGUGCACGCUCGCUUGCGCCGGCGUGCAGCUGCGGGAAGCAGGCGCCGUCCGCGUCCCUUUGGCGCCGUCCGACGACAAACGUCGAGCCACGGUGGCAUGCACAGGACUGCUCAGUCCGUGUUGCAUGGGCGAUGGCGACACCCGAGCCCGUUCCGCCGCCGCCACCGAUGCUUACACUGUCGACGCCGCGCGGCAGUAAUCCGCGCAGACUUGACUUGGAUGGAAAAGAGUACACGCCGCGGAGUGCACACGACGAGCCUGUUUUUUUGUUUGGCGAGCAGCACAGCGUCGCGAAGCGUGUUCCUUCUGGCGCACACAGCCCAUCCAGGAGCUUGCGGCGUGCAGUUCCCCGCAUGCACACUUCUGUAUCCUUGUCUGUGGACGGCGCUAGUAUACAGGCAGUGCAUGGGACACGCAUUCCCUCUUCUCCUGGUCUGUUGGCACAACGCACCGCGGAAGUCGACGUGGUACAACCCGCGCUUUCGCAGGUGCACGCGUGUGCAGAGCAAGAAAACGUGCGCACCCAUGCCACCGCGUUGUCCAAGUACGAAGCGGCAAGAGACGCACAAACGACGCCCGGCAAGCAAGAUUCGUGCACUCUUCAAGAUAGUCCCACGCUGCAGCGCAGCAAGCACCGCGGGUCGAUGCGUCGUGCCGUGCCACUGCGCUCUGCCGUAUCGCUCGCUGCGCUCACCAUGCAAGACACGCUGCACCAUGACCCACAGCCCAGCGCCAAACUCGACGUGCGCAAGCCCAGCAAGACGCGUCCCGUGCAUGCAGAUCACCGCGUUUUGCGCCGCACAGACAAUGUGCUCGGCGCACUGCCUGUUGUGCACGCUGCAUCGCGCCGUGUAGAGAAUGUACCGCUGCGCCGAGCCGUACCGACCAUGCCCCUCGGUCUUGGCUUUGGCCUCGAGGCCCAAAACAGCGCGCCAAGUGCAUUCCUCAAAGGACGUUCCAUGCUUCGGCAUUCGUGA